CCUACAUAUCUACGUUGUGCUUAGCUGAGACUGAGACUGAGAGGAUUGUUUCUGUUCUGUCAGAUCAGAAUGUCUACUUGUUCUUAUUAUUAGUUGAAGGUUCAAGUUUUGUUAUGAGUUCGAUCAAGACUUCAAUCUAAAUAUUUUGUAUUCUAUAUUCACAUACAAAGAUAAGAAACCAUCAUUGUACUUAAACUCAUUUGUUUCUCUUGUAUUUAUCAUUUUUAUUCUAUUUAGUGUCCCUGAGUAGGCCUAAGGCCCUUGAGAAUCUUUUAUCAGAAUUAAAUAACUAUAUUGUGUUCUUAUAAAAGUGAUUUUGGUGAAGUGAAAGUGUUUUUUUUUUCUAUUUAAUAGUGGAAUGAAAUUCAACAUAAUCAAAUUAGUAGUGACUUGGUGAACAGAUCAGUACAUUUUUGGAUUAAUCAAAAGAUUUCUGUUAUAAUAAUUUACAAAAAACAGUGGUAACUAAGCUUUAAACCAGUCAUGAAACAAUUUAUACUUCUGUUGUCACUUCUAUUGUUAGUGUCGGCGUUUGAUGAGAACGCGCUGGAUGUCGUCAAGCAGAAAGUGUCAGAGAAAUUGGACCGUUUACCUGCUAGUAUCAAGGAUGACAUUCCGUUGGACCUGGUCAUGAACGAGAUCCCUCAUGUGGAGGAAGGCGAGGAGUUGCUGAGAGAACGAUGUGACCGUUACGGAACCAAUGAGUCUUUCGCCAAUGUUAUGGAUGCCAAAGAAGAAAUCCAGGAGUGUUUCCGACACUUUGUCAAUUACUCACAAAUAAAGCAGGAGAUAGAGCUCGCCAAGCCUACAGGAAACCUGGACGUAGUGUUCAGGAAAUACUGCAGGAGAUCACACCAGUUCCGAGAUUGUGUUACGAACUUCACAGAGACUUUAGAGCCAUGCCUGAGUCCUGAUGAACGUGGCUCGAAGCAGACCUUCAUAGACAUGCUGGACUCUCUCAUCAAAUUCGUUUGCUUCAAGGAAGGCAGACACAUAGCCUUGUUCAUCGCAGAAGGUGGCCCUGAGUGCCUGAUGAGCAAUGAAGAGAAGAUUCAAGAGUGUUUAAACUCCACCUUUUCCCAUUACAUCCCUCAGGAGGCGACGGAUAACCAGAACGAUCUGCCGCAGUUCAGGCUGGGUCAGACAGAGUGCGGAGAUGUGACGAAAGCACAGCAGUGCAUUGUGGGUCACCUGGAGAAGUGUACGGACCCGACACCAGCCAACAUCGUCAACAGCCUGAUGUCCUAUGUGCGUAAGGUGACACCGUGCCACCAGUAUGAACGAUCGACCAGUCGCGCAGGUCUGACAACCGUCAAUAGUGUUCUAGCGUUCGUAGCAGCUGCCUUACUAUUGACUAAAUUCCACUAAGAGGUUUCAUUGAUGUAUAAAUAACUUAAAUGCUCAGAUGUUUCAAAUGUCACUAUCUUGUUUAAAUUGUUUUUCUUUUGCUGAUUCAUGUACGGUUGAUUUACGUGAAUAAUUAUUGUAAAACAGAGUCAAACUCUGACACUUGUGAUGUCAAAAAAUGGUUUAGUUUUAAGUCAGACUAAGGGUAAUACAUCGGUAAUUAUUCUAUUUGUACUCGACCAUACUACACCACAUGAGUAAAUGUGUAUUAAAUUCAAUUUCUUUACAGUAUUUUUUUAUUUUGCUCAAGUUAAAUGAUUUAUUGUGAAAAUAAAUUAUUAGCGAUACAUAUAAUAACUUAGUUGAAACAGAGUUUAAGUAAUACGUGAAGCUGUAACUUAAACUAUAAAUAUUUUUAUUUAUAGAAUAAAACUAUUUUUCUUAUUGUACUUAAAAUUAAACUCAACCAAAUUAUUUAUUUUCAAAGUUAUAUUUUGUUUCGGUGCUGUCACAUCCUUGAUGUAGAUGUAAUAAUUAUGUAAAAUCUGGAUGCAUAUAAACCAGUGUAAACUAAAUUAAUAUCAAGUAAAGUAAAUAAAUGAAAUUUAGAAAUUAUUUAAAGGAUCAUACCACCUAUUUUAGUUUCGUAUUGUUAUAUAAAAUAUAUUUGGAACACCAGUAACAGUCAAUGUCCUUUCACUUUGUAUCUACAUUCCAUGACUAUUUUUAUUUUAUUUUUCAAGGUUUUGCUGUAGUUUAAUAUUUGUUUAAUGUAACAAAUUAUAAAGAUGUAGGUAUUUAAUUUGUUUUAAAAAGAUAUUUAUAUGUUUAAAAGACAUUAGCUAUAAUUUUUAUUGCUUUAGUUUUGUUUGGUUAAGUAUAACAUGUUUUUAUACUAUAAUACUUUUCCUUUUCAAUUCUCAUUCCACACAAAAUUGUUUCUUUAAAAAAUGUGGUUGUUAAGAUUGUAAAUUUUGCAGCUAAUAUCAAAACAAUGAAUCGUGUGCAACUAAUUUGUGUUUAACAACACUUUUUUGUUCACAUACUUUCCACAUUAUUAGUUACAUCGACUUAGUAAAUGUGUUUAGGAAUAAUUUUUCAAGUUAGUCUUGUAGGCCAGAAGGAUUCAUUUGGACUUCAGGGUACUAGAACAGUUUGUAUUAUUUAAAAUUGCUUUCUAUAAAAUGUGUAAAUUUAGAACAAAUUCCGUUAAAAGUUUUUGGCUAUAUUAACGAUAAUUCUAAUGUCUAUAUAAGAUUUUGUAAACUAAACCAGCAUUGAAUUCUUGUGUUAUCGUUGGUAUUUAUUCAGGCUGAUAGUAUUCAUAUAAUAUGCAGUUUAAAAAUAAUAUUUAUAUUUCAAUAUAAUAUUAAUUCUUUAGUGUUCAAAAUAUAAGAAAUGCUUUUCUUUUUCAUUUAUGUUUAGGUCAUAUUUGCAUUUUAAGUUGUGUUAUCAUAAUUUGGACAAACAUGAAAGAAAGAUAGUGGUAUAUUUUACAACUAGAAAUCCCCUAAUGCAGUUAUAAUCUUUGCCACAGAAUUAUCAAGCAGCUAUUGGGUAUGAGUUAGAUAUGAUGUACAUUUAGUUUGUAUGUUAACUGUCUUAGGUGAACUAAUUAAUCAAAAACUAAAGAUUGUUCCAUAUGAGAAUUUAACUGUGAUAUAGGUAACUUUAACUAAAGUUCUGUAAUAUGCAAAUCACAUAGAUUGGUAUACACUCAUUCUUUCCGUAUUCCGACGAUGAACGAUACAAAUAAAUAUUAUAUACUGGUGGCCAUAUUGAGUUUGGCUCCAGAGAAGUACAAAGUUACACUUCAAAAACAUGUACAAUCUUAUUUUUAGUCGUAAAAUUAUUAAAGAUGUUUCAUUUUUAAGAUACGAUUAACCCUGAAACUGGCAGUCAUUCAGUUUUGAACGACACGGACCGCCGCUGUAGUGGUAGUCGUUAAAAAUUGAACAAAUGAUUAAUUUGUUAUAUAACAUUUAACAUCAAGUUUAGUGAUGAUAUUUAGGUAUCAUUGAAACAACAAAGAGUUCUUUCUCAGCACAAAACACUUUUUUUUGUUCUUAUUCUCCCCUAUAAAUGUUAAUUGUGAUGUUUUGUAGUAGCCGUUCUCGUUUGCAUUAUAACCGCAAAUUCUUGUAAUUCUCGCAAAUUUGAUUAUUAAUUACGUGAAAAAUGAAAAACAUAGUUGUUUGAUUGUGUGAGUGACGAGAUAUUAUCAUAUCAUUGUUUAUUUUUAUUUCAACUUAUUUAAGUUUCAGUGUUUUGCCAGUAAGCGUAUGAAAGAAUUGUUUUGAACCUAACCCAUUUGAAAUAGGCCUAAGUUGGUGUAAAUAGCUUCUCAUUCAAAUUUUGUGUUGUACAAACCCUAUAUAACUAUAUAUUUUCUGAAACUAGAUUUUUUUUAUGUUUUGGAAUUAUUACUUUCCAACUGUAUAUUAGUUUGCUAUGCAUGGUCCCUCUAUGAUAACGUAAAUUAAAUUAUUCAGUUUCAUCUACUGUGAAAAAUAUGUAUAUCAAUUAAUUAUAUAUAUAUUAGUAUGUUUCAUUAUUCUACAUAUAUUAUUGAUUAAAACAAACAAUAAUAUUACAAAAACUGUAUUUGAAGUGUAGAGAUAAUUUACAAUAAGUGCUCGUAAACUGACAAAAAAUAGCCUGUCAGUACAGGAUUUUUAGAUCCCUGCUCCAGGGUUAAUCCAAUAAUAAAUAAUAAAUUGUUAAAAUAUUUAACAUGUAUAUUUUUUACAGGAAAAAAUAAAAAUUAACUAAUAAGGUUUUUUACCAGCACCACUCGUAUUUUUAUGCCGUUUUAAUAAUUGGUUAACUUAAUGUUAUUUUGAAAUUUUACAGACUAAAUUAGUUUUGUAUAUUUGUAUUUUUAAUCAGAGAGUGUACAUACUAACUAUGUUUAAAUAAACAUGAAUUUGUGAAAUUGUAAAAACAUUUUAUUAUUGAUCGAAUGAACAUUCAUUAGUCAUUACCUUAAAAUUUAUAUUCUACAUUGGAUAAUUACUCUACAUAUAAACCCUUCCACAGUAUAAUUUUACAGAUUAAGAUACCAAUACUUCAUAUAACUAAAAUUAAUACUAUAAUGCAAUAUAGACAUGGGCUGUUAGUUGCUUGUUUCAGUAAACCGAUUUCACAAUACUUCUAACUGCUUGUAUUGUUGUUAAAACUGUGUUAGAAAUACAAUUUUAAGGGAUUUUUAAAAAGUGCAAACAAUCAAAAUUCAAUUCUUUGAGAGCCCUUAGAAAAAACACAAGAAUCAAGGAACCCACAAUAUGUAGGUCAUUAUCAAUCCAAAUAUUUUAUUGCAACUGCCAAGCCCCUUAUGGUAUCGUCAAACUUAAAUUAACUAUUAUAUUUAAUUGUCAAUACAUUUUCAUUGUUGUUAUAAAACUCACAUGAAUAUGUACAAAUAAUUACACAAUCAGAUUUAAUUUAAAAUGCAGGCUGAAAUAACCCAAAAUGUUCAAGACCAUCCACCAUUACCAUUAUACCAACAGUUUGAAAUCAAAUAUAAAUUAUUACAGUCAAUAUGCAUUUUUGCUAAAAACAAAUUUUGUCCCAAAUGUUUUUUGUCAAUGACAAAUUACCAAUGGUUACGUAGCCGAGAGAACAUAUGUGACUGCUCCGUAGAUAGUACUUUUGAGUGAUUCUAUCCUUCUUGGUGAUGGUUUGGAAGUUAUUUCAAGUAUUGGUCUAUAGGUUAUAUUAGAUAGGACUUCUUAGAUCUAACAUCGGCUUUUGUAACUUUAAUCUAAACAACAACAAAAACGAAAUAUUAUAUUUUUGUACUAUUUUUAACUUAUAUUUGGAUGAUAUUAUAUUCUUAAUUUGUUAUAAAUGUACUUAUAUAAGUCUUUUGUUUGUAUCUUAGUAAUAAGAAAUAUGGUGUGGUAGAGUUUAGUGUUUUCAGUGCUCUCUAAUUAAUUGAUUUUUAAAGUUGUAUCAUGAGUUAUAUUUACUGUACACUUGUUAAUUAAUAUUGCGUUCCUACUAAACAAUACUCUAUUCCUUUUAGUUUCCAUGAUAAAAAUAGGCUACUGUUAUAACUUGUACUUCUAAUAAUAAUAAUAUACAUUCUUUACUAUUUUUUACGCUAUUGUUACCAGAUUUUUAUAUUUACCUAUACUACUUUUAAGUACAAUGUUCUGCUAUUGUGAUAAAUAUACAUAAUUGUUAAAUGUUUUAUGUCACAUAAUUCCUAUUUAUACCAUAGGAUAAACAUAUUUAUUAUUUGUUUUUAAAGAAUAUUUUUUAUACAGACAGAUGAUAUAUUUUCUUUCAUAUAUUUUUAUCUAAUGCAAUAUCAAAUCGUAUGCCAAUAAAGUGUUAUAUUUUUCCAUAA